UCGUAAUUUUGAACAGACGGAGUGCAGCCAGGCAGGCAGGCAGAGCCGAGUCUCAUCAAUGCUGCCGUUCACUGGCCCGUAGCAAAACAUCCGUGAAUACUUACCCGACUUAAGGAUAUUUGCACUCCUUACAUCUGAUGAAGUCUAAACAUUAGCGCUGCCUGUUUUUGGGAUGAAUAUGAGUUCUCAUGUUAUCACCCCUGGACCCUACCGAGCCACAAAACUGUGGAAUGAGGUGACUCGUUUGUUUCGGGCUGGUAUGCCCCUCAGGAAACACCGGCAGAACUUCCGGCACUAUACCUCCUGUUUCACAGCCUCUGCCGCCGUAGACUGGCUUCACCAGAUGCUCCUCAGCAACAGCAAUUUUGGCCCAGAUGUCACCAGGCAGCAGACGGUUCAGCUCCUGAAGAAGUUUCUGAAGAACCAUGUGAUCGAGGAUGUGAAGGGUCGCUUCGGCAGGGAGGAUCUGGAGGACAACAACAUGCUGUACAGAUUCCCCUCCACUUCUCCUCUGAAGCCUAUUCCUUGUCCAGCUCCAGCCUCAGCCCCUGGUUCCAUAAAGAAAAGGCCUUCAUUCAGGGACAAAGAAGGUUUCUUCAAGUUUAGGAGCUUUAAGAAGCAGGAAAAGGAGACGCAGGAAAAUGAAGAUCCUGCCCUCCAAGCAGAGGGAGAGAAUCAGCCAAUAGGAGAGCAACAGGGGCAACGGCGAGUGAUGACCGUGGAGGAUGAACAGGAGAUCUGGAAAGAUAUCACCCUGACCCACCUGCAGAGGAUUCUGGGUUGUGCAUCUCUUGAUGACGUUUUAGACCGACGAUAUGUAAACCCCCAGAACAUCAUCCACAAUAUGACCAAAGUCAACAAGCAUGGAGUGGUCACGCUAGACGACAAGACAAAUGACCUUCCACACUGGGUUUUGUCUGCCAUGAAGAGCCUGGCCAACUGGCCGAAGUACGACAACGCACAGCCAUCUUAUCCCGGCUUCGAGAGAGACGUCUUCAAAACAGUGUCCGAUUACUUCUACAGCCUUCUGCAGCCACUGCUCACAUACGAACUGUAUGAACUAUUUAUCAACGUCCUGGUGUUUUGUGGGUACGUUGCAGCGCCCACGACACACCAACGUGGGAAACGCAAGAAGUCUGACCUCCCUUCAGCUCCCCCUCCGGCCAAGGCAUCUUUCCGCUCCACAGAGUGUCUCCUUCUGUCGCUAAUCAGACAGGGGACGUGUGACGAGACGGAGUCGCCGAUGAGAGAGGUGCUUGGCGGGAAGCUUCAGUCGCGGCUGGCAGCGCUGAAGGGAGGCGCGACCAGCGGUGGUCAGUUAGGAGGCAGCUGCAUGAGCCUGAGUGCAGCUGGUUUGAUGAGGCCUCAAACCAGGAGUUGCUCUCUGGAAACCAUGUUAGAUGAUUCUGCCCCUCUCACCCGGCAGCAGCUGUUCUUGUCCAAUGACAGCCUGGCAUCCUAUAGCAACAGGAGCCAAGAUGACUGCCCUGCCAUCACAACACUCAGCAGUCGCACAGACUUUACAUCUGCAUCCAAAGCAAACCCCAUUACGUAUGAAAAUGCUCACGGAGGUACAACCAGAAAUAGGCUGUCUGUAGCUUCUGCAGCAGGACUGUCAGUCACACGGAGGUCACACUCCUUGCGGCCACGCAGCGUAGGCAGCUGUCUGGACAUUGUCAUAGAAACCAGGGAGGAGGAUGUCAAGGAGACCAAGUGGCGGGGCCGAGCAACCAGCUGUCUUAACGUGAACACUCCCGCAGAGCCGCAUCACUCCUCAGCUUCACGCCCUCCCUCGUGGUCCUCCCGUCAUCCCCUCUCUUCCUCCUAUCAUCCUUUUCUCUCCUCUUCAUAUGCUGUGGCCAAAGUACAAGGGUCCCAGGCUACUACAGCACUCAGUGGGCCCAGACCCGCCUCCAGUACCGCCAAUCUCUGGGCGCCUCCUCCACCUGCUGUUGUACGACGCUGCCUCAGCUCUCUGGAUGUGUCAAAGCAGUCUCAACCCGCCUCACUGUUCAAACCGCCUGUCUGCGUGCCCACCAGCAGCUCCAAGCCCCCACAUUCCAAACCUGAGCACAGCCUCCUGCAGCCUCAGUGUGAGCGUGUCGCCAUCGAGGCCCUGCAGCUUUGCACCCUCCUGCUCCCCCCCGCCUCCCGCAGAAAGUUGCAGCUCCUCAUGAGGAUGAUGUCACGCAUCAGCCAGAACGUGGACAUGCCCCGCCUCCACCCCGCCAUCGGCACCCGGACUCUGAUGGUUCACACUUUUUCAGGCUGUGUCCUGGGCAGCGCUGUUGAGUGUGAUCUGGACGAGCUGUUGGCUACCAGACUGGUGUCAUUUCUAAUGGACCAUCAGCAAAGCAUUCUGUCGGUCCCGGAGUACCUGCUCAAUGCUAUCAAUGACCAUAUACAGUACCUGCGCAGAGUACAGGUUCCCCUUGACAGUGUUUCUAAUGUUGAUGGCAGCGAUCCGGUCUGUGUUCCAAUGCCCAUCUACGCGUUCUGCCAUCAGAUUAGCGGUGCAGAGUUUGAACAGCAAAAGCUGGAAGCUUCCCAGAAGGCGAUGGAGGAGCUGCUGGAGAUGCUGCUGACGGACCAAAAUAUAAGCGAGAAGGACAGACGCAAGAAACUGAAACAGUUUCAGAAGCAGUACCCAGACAUCUACAGUCGUCGGUUCCCCUCCUCACACAGUGAAAGCAACAAACCAAAGAUUAAACCUCCCCUCCUCAACAUCAAGAAGACCAAAGCUUUCAGCAUCAGGAACUAAACUAACCUUACAGGUGUCGCCGUUGUAGAAGUCACAGUCUUUACCUUGUUUUCACUGCACUAUUACUGCACUGAUACUAAGAGACUUGGAAAAUGCACCUCUUUGCAGCCAUCAACUUGUUACAUUUGAUUUAUGGUUAUUCCUGUUGUGUCUCAUUAAUGUGCCAACAUGAGUCAGUUCAGGGUUGAAGACUUCUACAGUGGAUAAUGUGUGUGUGUGUGUGUGUGUGUGUGUGUACGUUUGUGAUUUGUGUUGACAGCCGAGCCCAGUAUAAAGCGUUUAUGUGAAGCAGGGUGUCUUGUAAAAUGUUGUGUAUUUAGUAACAUCCCUGUUCUUUUGGAUCACUCAACUUUUCCUGUUUUAUUUUCCUCUAACCUUUCAUGUCUACUGCUACUACUGACGUGUGUGUGCGUGUGCGUGUGCGAGUGCGAGUGUAAGAGCAAACUUCACAUUGGGAGAAAAAGUAAGGCUCAGUUCUGAGAUCACUGAUCCAUAUGGGAAUGAUUAGAUUAUAGAUUUCUUAAUUUAUAUGAAUGCUGACAUUGGGAGAAAUGCUAGAUUUUGUCUUGAAGUGUUUUUGUCAUGUUAACUGUUUUUUUUAUAGACUUUACUAAACAUUUUAUGUCGUAGAAUCUCAAGUUUUAUUUAAAGUCAUCUGUAGACGUUUCAUCCUUAUCCUUUGACUUUUAUUUUCUUUAGCUUGCUUUUAUUUGUGUGGUACGUUUUUAUCUUUAAAAGCAUUCUACAGUCACGUUUUAGGUUUUCUCAUAAACGUCAGUUUUUCCAGAUACCACUUGGUUAUCUUGAACCCACCCCUGCUUAGUUUUCUGGAAUUAGAAAUGUUGUGCACUAGAUGGAGGUAUUGUGAAUGGCCAGUAAGCUUAUUCCAAUCAUCAGAAUUGCUAAUUUAUACAAUAUUGAAUGCAUCUUGGACUUCCUAAAGAAGGUUUCACCAGACACCGGUUAUGUUUUGGGCAAACGGUUGCUACUUCUUUUUAACAAAGUCCUCAUAAAGUGUUAACAACUAUGGCAACAAUCAUUUGAAAGCAAUGAAGCAGCGGUUGGCUGUAACGAUGAGGUGCAAUACAGAGCCCAUCUUAUGUCACGUGUCUGAGGAAAUGUAACACGCUUGACUCAAAAGAUCAAGUUGUCCUUUUUUUUUAAUUUAUUGAUCUCAUAUGAAGAAUUUGUUCUACCCUGAUAUGUUUGUCUUUACCUCAGAUCAGAUGAUGUACAUGUGUGUGUGUGUGUGUCUAACCAUAAACACACUCAUUAGCAGUGUUUUUGGCAGAGACUUUUACAGAGGAGUGUGUAUUGUACUCAGUUCUACUCCUCCUCUACAUUGUUUACUAUGCAAAGCCCUGGGAAAUAAACCUGUUCAGCUGUUCUAUUUAUA